CGGCUCGUAUGGCGGUCCUUAGGUUCUCGGCCCGUGGACGACCUGGAACGAGACGUAGGAGGUUGAGGAAGAUCUCCCGGGAAGUGGAAGUCCAGACUAUCCCGCAGGAACCCCCGGAGAUCCCGGUGGAAGCGGAGGAACCGGGACAGAGGUCCAGCGUAAAGAGGCGCUACCUAGCAGUUUGGGUUGCUGCUGUUUUGGUCGCCUCGGCUGCCACUGCCCUCCUUACCUGGCAGAUAGCCUCCCGUCACUCUCCUAGCCUCAACUACAGGGCGGAGCCCCCAGACCCCGAAGAACCACUACCACCCUCCCAUAGUUAUCAGCACAGCUUCCGCAAGGCAGCCGUCUGCACAGAUGGUACCCCGUGCUCGAAGAUCGGCAGAGACAUCUUGGCCAAGAAUGGUUCAGCAGUGGAUGCUGCAGUGGCAGCACUAUUCUGCAAUGGGGUGGUCAACAUGCAGAGUAUGGGACUGGGCGGAGGGUUCAUCAUGACAGUGUACGACCGCAAGUCCAAGACCUCUCAGGCUCUAGUUGCCAGAGAAACUGCUCCAGGUGCCGCUACGAGGGAUAUGUUCGCCCACAACAACUCCUUGUCACGACAUGGGGCGCUCGCGUCAGGGGUUCCCGGGGAGCUGCGAGGAUACUGGGAGGCGCACAAGAAGUUCGGCCGUCUUCCGUGGGCCGAGGUAGUAGAACCUACGUUACAGAUCUGCCGAGACGGUUACCACAUGAGCAAACAUCAAAGUGACAACCUUCAUUUCCGGCCUGAUCUGUUCCGUAGCGAUCCCAACUUGAGGGAAUGGUUUGUGGACUCAACUGGAGGCUUCAAGACCAUGGGGACUCUGAUUCGACCCCGACGGUUGUGCGAAACUCUCAAAGUGAUAGCGCGAGAGGGAGGAGACGCGUUACACGAUGGUUCUCUCACCAAGACGUUCGUUGAAGACGUACAAAGUAUGGGAGGCAUUAUCACUGAAAAGGACAUGCGGAACUACAAACCAGUAUGGAGAGAGCCGAUCACUGUGAAGUUACAUGGCGACACACUCUACACCUCGCCUCCGCCCGGGGCCGGCGCCCUGCUCGCCUUCAUCCUCAACAUCCUCGACGGAUACAACAUGACCACAGACAGCAUGAGUACGCUCGGCAACAUGACAACGACCGUUCACAGGAUGGUAGAAGCAUUUAAGUACGCUUACGCCAGGCGCACGGAACUUGGCGAUCCGGACUUUGUUGAUAUCAAAGAUCUGUUGGCCAACCUGAUGUCAGAUGACUACGCUAACAGUGUACGAUCACUGAUAAGGGAUGAUCGUACGUUUGAGGAGGCCGCCCACUAUGGCGCCGUGUUCUACAACCCUGACGACCACGGCACGGCACACAUCAGCAUCAUUGCGCCGGACGGAGACGCCGUGGCGGUCACCAGCACUGUUAAUCUCUAUUUUGGCGGAGGAGUGACGUCAGAGAGGACGGGAAUCAUACUGAACAGUGGCAUGGAUGACUUCUCUUUACCUGGAGUGGUCAAUUACUAUGGAGUUUACCCGUCUCCCACCAACUUUAUAGAACCAGGCAAGCGGUCAAUGAGCUCCGUCAGCCCCACGAUCAUAGUAGACAGCAGUGGAGACGUGCGGAUGGUCGUCGGGGCCAGCGGGGGCACCAAGAUCACCACCUCAGUGUCGUGGGUCAUAAUGCAAUAUUUAUGGUUGGGAAAGUCAAUCAAAGAAGCAGUGGAUGCAAGCAGAAUCCAUCAUCAGCUGUAUCCAAUGCAGAUUAGCUAUGAAUAUGGAGUCAUUGCUCCAUUAAUCAAGGGCCUACAAAAACUUGGUCACAAAACGAUCCGAUACAGGGACAGAGGCUCGAUUGUUUGUGCUCUCGCCAAACAAGGCGAGCACAUUUACGCCAACGCAGAUUAUCGUAAAGGCGGUGAAGUUUACGGAAUAGACUGAAAAGGAGAAGAAAAAAGUCCGAGUUAAUCUAAAAAAGAUCCUAGCAGGUUCUAGGAAGUCUGAGAACAUUAACACUAGAAAUUCUUAAAUACUCAAAUUUAGAGAUAAUUUCAGGUGAUGUUCUCCACUAUUAGUGUUUUAAAAACUGACAACUGACAAAUUUAUACAAAAUUUGUUUUCUAAAUAAGGUGAAUUAAUUAAGUAAAACUUAAGUACUUUCCUAGUAUUUAAAAAAUUACCAGUUAAUUCCAGAGAUAAGUUAGCAAUUUUAAAAUGUUUGAAUUUGGCCCCAAAUUUUUAAAAUUAUAUUUUUUAUUUUCCUGAAUAAUAGUAUCAUCUUUCGUUUUCUCUAGUGUAUGUUUCCUUAUUCUUUAAAUUUUAAACAAAAUUCUUUUACUUUAUUUUAAAGCUGUAAAUUCUAGUUUUUAAGCAAAUAAAUAAAUCCUAAAUUUGCUGUUUUGCAAUAAAAUAGUGAUUUUUGUAACUCAGUUUUGAAAAUAAACUUUGCAGCAUCUGGCUAUUUUACAAGUUGAAAAAACAACUCAGUGAGAGAAAAUCUUUUAUUGGUUUCAAACUUUUAGUUUAACAGCAGUAUUAGUACUUUUAAGUGAACCUAUGUGAUUUUCCUAAAAUUAGUGAAACUAUUUUAACAGUUGACAUAUCAGAAGUGUGACAUUGUUUUAUAAUAAAACUUUCAUUAGUAUAUUUUACCUCAAAUGUUUGCUUUCUUUAAAUUUAAUAUUUUAUUCAAUCAUAAGCUGGUAACUUAUUUUUAUUUUAAUAAUUUUAAUUCAACACUCAUUUUGCUCUCUUUUUAAUCAAGUUAUUGUACACAAUUCGCAAAGCUUUCAAAUGUGACUGUGAUCUUAAUAAUACAGUAAAGUUUGCUCUAUACACAAAUUUUAAAGAGCCUCGAUAUAAAUUUGAUUGUAUUAGUGCCUCUUGUUAUAGUACUUAAUGAAUUGCUAUUUUGAUGCAUUUAAUAUUGUUAAUAAGUUUUAUAUGCCAAAGUCUACUGCUAUCGGUUCAAAUUGUUUUGUAAAAUAGGUUGUUUCCAUUAAAGAAUUGUGA